AUGGCUACUUGGGAACCUCUUGCAGCUCUCUUACAAGGCGGCCUCAAUAAUGGAGGACCGGUGUCGUUAAUUUAUGGUUUCGUUCUCUGCUUCUGUGGCACCCUUGCAACGGCGGCGUCCUUGGGGGAACUCGCUUCUAUGGCACCGACCUCUGGAGGCCAGUAUCACUGGGUCUCAUUGCUGGCCACUGGAAAAUGGUCGGUCAGAGUAAGUUGGAUAACAGGGUGGGUUUCUGUUCUUGGUUGGAUCGCCGCGACUGCGACACCAGCUUUUCUUGGUGCAACAUUGCUACAGGGUCUUUUUGUCCUCAACGACAGUUCAUACGUCUAUCAGCAAUUCCAUGGCACGUUGUUAUAUUUUGCUGUUAUCCUUCUUGCAAUAUUGGUCAACGUCUUCCUCAUCAGGUUCCUGCCAUAUCUGGAGACGCUGAUCCUGAUUCUGCAUAUUGGUCUUUUCUUUGCGCUUCUGGUGCCGUUGGUCUAUCUUGCGCCGCAACAUUCGGCAGUUUUUGUAUUCACGGACUUUGAGAGUCGCGUGGGAUGGAACUCUAGGGGUAUAGCUUGGUGUGUGGGCCUUCUGACAACAGCCUUUCCCUUCACCGGAUAUGACGGUGCGUGUCACAUGAGUGAGGAAAUUGAGCACGCUGAAAAAGUUGUUCCCCGUGCUCUGGUUACCUCCGUUGUUCUGAACGGUUUACUGGGAUUCGGAUUCGUCAUUGCACUUCUAUUCAGCAUGGGUGAUCUGGAAAACGUGCUGGCUUCACCGACUGGAUACCCGCUCAUCGCUAUCUUCCAUGAAGCCACGCAAUCGACACGAGCCACCAACGCUGCCAUCUGCGGGAUUGUUGCAUCAGCCAUUGCCUCGGUACUAGGACUGAUGGCAUCAGCGUCUCGCACAACUUGGGCCUUCAGCCGCGACAGAGGUCUGCCGUUCAGCAAACAGCUUAGCCACGUUAACAAGCGCCGAGCCAUUCCCCUCAACUCGAUACUCGCAACAACGUCCUCUCUGCUCCUCCUUGGUUUGAUCAACCUCUGGAACACCAACGCAUUUCUUGCCAUUGCCGGCGUUGCAACGGUGGCUCUGUAUUUCACUUACCUCAUGCCCAUUGCCCUUCUUCUGAUGAGGAGGUUCAGGGGCGACGAGAUCAAGUUUGGUCCAUGGAAGCUCGGCAGAUGGGGUCUGGCGAUCAACCUCUUCAGCGUUCUUUACACAAUCUUUACCUCCAUCUUCAUGUUCUUCCCAGCAGUCAUACCUGUCACCCCGGGCAAUUUCAACUGGACUAGUGUAGUUUUCAUUGGGACUUUGGCUAUAAGUGGCGUCUCCUGGCUUGUAUUUGGCAUGAAGUCUUUCACCGGGCCAGUCAGAGAAACAGUGAGUUAG